AUGUCUGAACCAUCCAACACCGUGGCGGGGGAGAUUUCGCAAUCGAGACCCGAUGAACGCUCGCCGUUGCUUGCUGGCAGCAACGAUGGCACGCCGAGUGGGCGAGACGAGCACGAGGAGGAAACCGCUGAGGUCCAGGACAGCGCGAGCAGGCCGCCACUCGCGAAAUGGAUGAAAUGGUUGAUGAUGGUGUCGUGUAUUGAUGCAUUACUUGCCAUCUUUAUGGUGCUCGGGAUCUCAAUAACCCUCAUAAACAGUCCCCGCCACUUCACCACGCCAUGGAGGUUCAACGAGUCCUACUCAGUGGUCAUAGCCUCGGCAGUCAUAGGAGGGCUCUCGUCCGUGUUCAACGCACUCAGACUUCGCCGUCUACCCACAGGUACUCCUGUGGUUGCCGGGUUCUUCACCUUGCUAGCUGACGCAGUGGUCAUCUACACUGCGGCAUAUGGCGGCACUAUGACACUCGACGUGCUCAACUUCUGGUCAUCCAGUAAUCUUUGUCGCAACUAUAUGCCUGGGCCUGGGCCUGACCCCGUCGACAGCGAUUGUGAGCGCUUCGCUCAGAGCCUGAAGAUAGUCGUUUGGGUCUAUUUCUGUCUUUUACUAAUAUUUGGAGUGGUACACUUUGUCCUCUUGAUCCUGCGCCUCGUCUCAAACUAUCGAGCAUUUCGAUCACCUCGCGGGGAGCACAUAUCGCAGUUGAGGCUGCCGUCUUGGAAUUUCUCCGUUGAGUUCACGAUCAAGUAUCGCAGCAUUGAAGAAGGCGAUACUGUUCCAAGAGGCGGUGUUGCAUCUACUGCUGGAGACGCUUGA